CUGUCUUGGCUACGGGAGACUGCCACAAGCCAUCUUGCUUACGGACACGCGACCAUCCACCCAAUCCGAUUAUUCGUGAAAGGGCGUGCCGCACGGCUGGUUAGUGGGGUUCAUCGGCGGCACACUGCCGACAAGUGAGACGCAUCUCGGUCCGGCAAGCCGGGGAAAGCAAAAUGAGCGGAAUCGCUGAGGCGAGGUUGCGGGAGGAGCGAAAGGCUUGGCGCAGGGACCACCCCGUUGGGUUUCACGCGAAGCCCAUGCUCAAGGAUGACAGCUCUACAGACCUCCUGCGUUGGGAGUGCGGCCUACCUGGCCCGGCGGACACCGAUUGGGCCGGAGGUCUGUAUACCGUGACAAUGGAGUUUACUGAGGACUACCCUUCCAAGCCGCCAAAGUGCAAGUUUGUCCCUCCGCUUUUCCACCCCAACGUCUACCCAUCGGGAACAAUCUGCCUGAGCAUUCUGGACGAGGACGAAGGGUGGAGGCCAGCCAUCACGAUCAAGCAGAUGCUCUUGGGUAUCCACGACCUAUUCGACACCCCCAAUCCCAACAGCCCGGCCCAGUCAGAGGCCUACCAGCUGUUCGUGACCAACAAAGAAGAGUACAGGCGACGCGUACGUCUUGAAGCCCAGAAAAAUAUACCGUCCACUUGACCCCGCCUUGACCGGCUUGGUUCGGGAGAGGUGGUCCCGUUUUUCGCAAAGGCCAUUGUUCGUUGGUUGCGGUCAGGGGGCAUUGGCAAGCGUGCUCAGGGAUCACCGUGUGCCCAGGCUCUUGUUGGGCAAGCGUGGAGCCUGCAAGGACAGAGUGCACUUCGUCCUGUCGGUCGUUUGGUGCGGGGGAACUGGAUUAUUGGAAAAUCAUGCCCCCUCUGAAGUGUCUUAAGAGACCGCUUCAAUCUUCGUAACUGUUUCCUUGCUCGUUGUGUCGGGCAUUUCCCGAUGCAGGGCAAGGGUUUUUUGGGCAUGGACCAGGUCAAGCUCAGCCCGUUGUAUGUAGCAAGGUCAAGAGGGAGAAGGCUAACCCUCGCCGUCUUUAUGGAGUGCUCUCAUACAUGCGGGUGUGUUUCGGGUUUUCAUGUGCCGGUUUCUGUUCCCCCUGUGGCGGUGGUAUGUGGUGGCUGCGGCGUUCACCAGUUUGUGCUGCUGUACGACGCUGGGGGUAGCGGGCGAAAUGAACAGUACCCAGAUGGCAUGGCGUUCGAUGGUACACCUGACCGAUGUUACAUGGUUUCACGGUAGUGAAUUGCAGUUCUUAUUUUUUGUUUGUAGUUGACUUGGACGAGUGCUCACUGUUCGGAUGGCGCCAAGUUUGCAUGUACACGAGCUACGCCCCGGCUUUUGUGCUGCACAAGGCGAUUAAGUGAAUCGUCACUACCUCUUUUUUUUCUCGGAAAGUGUUCACUUCACGGGAGUGGCCGCGCUACCGGUCUACUAUUCCCCCAGACAUGCGAAUGUGCGCUCCGACAAUGCGGUAUCUGAUGCAGAACAGAAUCCGCGUUGGCGUGAGUUUCACGAUGUC